AAAUCUUAGAAAGUCUUAACUUCCCUUCUUUGUCCACAUUCAGUAGACUUUUACUGGAAACUCCAUUCCAUCUCCCCUUCUGUUACUACCAACCAUUCGCCGAUGUCAGUUGCCACCCAUUCCCGCAGUCUCACUUCAGCUCUUUCUCUACUCUGUUUCUUUUCUAUUAUCUCGGGAGUCAUAACAGACGAGCUCCAAAUUCUCCUCAAAUUCAAAUCCGUAUUCCGAAACUCCAAUUCCCAAUUAUUCAACUCAUGGGAAUCCGAUAACUCCUUAUUCAAUUUCACCGGAAUUACCUGCAACUCCCACGGUUCGGUUACCGGAAUCGUAUUAUCGAAUCAGAAGCUAUCUGGGAUUCUUCCCUUGGAUUCAAUAUGCCAGCUCAAAUCAUUGGAGAAGCUCUCUCUGGGGUUCAAUUCCUUGUACGGUAAACUAACGGAGGACUUGAGAAACUGCACGAGAUUGAAAUAUUUGGAUUUGGGUAACAACGAUUUCACUGGACCCGUCCCUGAUUUAAGCCCCUUGAGCGAUUUACAGUACCUGUAUUUGAAUAAGAGUGGGUUUUCAGGCACCUUUCCGUGGAAAUCGCUUGGAAAAUUGAAUGGUCUCGUGAACCUUAGUCUUGGGGAUAAUUCAUUCGAACCGACUGCUGAGUUCCCCAACGAGCUGUUGAGCCUCACUAAUUUGAGUCAUCUUUAUCUCUCGAAUUGCAGUCUCGAAGGGAAAAUACCGAAUGGAAUUGGAAAUCUGGUCGAGCUUAAAAACUUGGAGCUUUCACAUAAUAAUAUCACCGGCAAGAUUCCGGUGGAUAUUGGGAAACUCACCAAGCUAUGGCAGCUUGAGCUUUACAACAAUGGUUUGACUGGACAACUCCCUGUUGGGAUGAGAAACCUCUCAAACCUUGAGAAGUUGGACGCUUCGAUGAACUAUCUUGAAGGCGAUUUGUCGGAGUUGAAGUUCUUGAGGAAUCUAGUUUCUCUGCAUUUAUAUAAAAACAGUUUAUCCGGUGAAAUUCCGGCCGAGUUUGGAGAGUUUAAACGCCUUAUGAGCUUGUCUUUGUACUCUAAUAAUCUGACGGGGCCUCUCCCUCAGAAACUGGGGUCAUGGGCAGACUUCGAUAUGAUAGAAGUUUCGGAGAAUUUCUUGACCGGCCCUAUUCCGCCGGACAUGUGUAAACGAGGAACGAUGAAGAAGAUUCUUAUGCUGCAGAACAAUUUCACAGGUGAAAUCCCAGAAAGCUACGCGAAUUGUCUGAGUUUAGCUCGUUUCAGAGUCGGCAAAAACUCGCUCACCGGCAAAGUUCCUGCCGGAAUAUGGGGAUUGCCAGCGGUCAACCUAAUCGAUAUCGAGUUCAACCAAUUGGAAGGACCGAUUACAUCUGAUAUAAAAACCGCAAAGAAUCUUACUGAGCUAUUAGCUGGGAAUAACCGGCUUAACGGAGAAUUACCGGAAGAGAUUUCGGAAGCGGCCUCGUUGGUUUCGAUUGGGCUAAACAACAAUCGAUUCUCCGGCAAUAUUCCGGCCACUUUAGGCGAAUUGAAGAAUCUGGGCAAUCUUUAUUUACAGAAUAAUAUGUUUUCUGGAACAAUACCGGAGUCGUUAGGUUCAUGUUUGUCUCUAAACUAUCUAAACAUAGCAAACAACUCUCUCUCCGGCAAAAUUCCUUCCUUUUUUGGCACUUUACAGAAUCUGAAUUCUCUAAACUUGUCCCACAACCAACUUUCCGGCCAAAUUCCGAGGACUCUGGCUUCUUCAAGAUUGAGCUUUCUUGACAUAUCGUACAACCGGCUCACCGGUCGAGUACCGCCGCUUCUCUCGACUGCGGCAUAUAACGGAAGCUUCGCUGGCAACCCUGGUCUUUGCAGUUCAGAAAUCAACUCAUCAUUCCCGCAAUGUCCUCCAAAUUCAGGCAUGUCCAAGUAUGUUCGGACACUCGUAAUUUGCUUCGCAGUAGGGUCAGCGAUCGUCCUCGUGGCUUUGGCUUGGUACACCUACUUAAGGAAGAGUGAGAAAGAUGAUCACCAAAACGGAACUUUGAAAGAAGAAUCUUGGGAUAUAAAGUCUUUCCAUGUUUUAACAUUCACGGAGGAAGACAUUCUUGAUUCCAUCAAGGAAGAGAAUCUCAUUGGGAAAGGCGGGUCAGGAAAGGUUUACAGAGUUGUUCUCUCUAAUGGCGAAAAGCUUGCCGUGAAGCACAUUUGGAAUGAUCUCGAUUCGCAAUUUGGCCGGGAAAAGGUCCGGAGCACAACUCCUAUGCUGAGGAAAAGCAGCUGCAAGUGGAAGGAAUUCGACGCCGAGGUUCAGAUCCUGAGCUCAAUUAGGCAUAUGAACGUGGUAAAAUUGUAUUGCAGCAUAGCAAGUGAACACUCAAGCUUGCUUGUUUACGAGUAUAUGCCUAAUGGCAGCUUAUGGGACCGUCUCCACAGCUGCAGGAAGACAAAACUCGACUGGAAGUCGCGGCAUGAGAUCGCAGUCGGGGCCGCCAAGGGCCUCGAGUAUCUCCACCACGGCUGCGGCCGGCCAUUAAUUCACCGGGAUAUCAAGUCCAGUAAUAUCUUGUUGGAUGAGUUUCUAAAGCCUAGAAUUGCUGAUUUUGGCCUAGCAAAGAAUGUGGUUCAGGCUAGUAAUGGAGGCCAAAGUUCUACUCAUGUCAUUGCCGGAACUCAUGGCUACAUUGCUCCUGAGUACGGAUAUACCUACAAAGUGAAUGAGAAGAGUGAUGUUUAUAGUUUUGGGGUCGUGUUAAUGGAGCUAGUGACUAGAAAGAGGCCAAUAGAACCAGAGUUUGGAGAGAACAGAGACAUAGUGAGCUGGGUAUACAGCAAUCUAAAGAGCAGAGAGAGUGUAUUAAGUUUAGUUGACUCAGAUAUUCCAGAAGACCUUAGAGAAGAGGCCAUUAAAGUGUUGAAAAUUGCAGUUUUAAGCACAGCUAGACUCCCUGAGCUGAGGCCCACGAUGAGGAGUGUGGUUCAAAUGCUUGAGGAAGCCGAGCCUUGUAAAUUGGUGGGAAUUAUUGCCACCAAAGAUGGCGCCAGUAAGAGAAUGGACGGUGUAGAUGAUAAGUUUGAUCUAAAGUAGUAAUUUAGUGUAUUUACUAUAAAGUGUUAGAUAAAAAUACUCGUAGCGACAAGGAAUUUAGCAUGUUCCACACUGUAAUUCUCGUGUAGUGUUCUUUAUAUUAAUCAAGAGAACAUUAUUAUCAAGAUUGUAAGUGAUAUUUGAUAUUAUAUUAUUUUUGUGGGAUAUUUGUGGCGAAAA